AUGGAAGCGGAAGAGGUGAACUUCCAAUCGGUGGAGCUGGGCUCUCCUACCAGAGAACACAACCCCAGUUGUGAUGCCCAUAAAAAAAAGCAUAACCGAAAGAGGAAGAAAAAAGUGAGCAACUCCAGAUUUGUUAAUUUACGAGACUGGACAAGCAAAGUGCAAAAGAGGUAUGAGCAAAAGCUAAAAACAUCGGAACAGGGAAUGAAUCUAGGAAGGAAGAUUAGUUUGCCCAAUGGCAAACCUGAGUGCAACUACCCUUCCUCUUCCUACUCCUCCUCCUUCAAGUCAAGAUCCAGCUUGGGUAACAAUAUUAACUUCUCCUCCGAUGAAUCCAAUUACGAUUCGGAUAUUGAGCAGCGCAUCUGCCGAUUUUUGAAAUUGGAGAAUAGCGAAACAGUAAGGAAGAAAAAAAAGAAGAGAAAGGAGAAUGCCACUGAGGGGGAAGUUGUCGAUGGAGUUGCGGAUGGAGGUGUGGGCGUGGAUGUUUCCCUAGGUGAGCAUCCUGAUGUAACUGCCGAUGUAACUCCCAAUGUGAUUGGCGAUGUGGCUGCCAAUGUGACUGCCAAUUCGCCUUCCGAUGUGGGAGUAAACUCCCGAGCGAUGAACGACGCGACGAUUAACACGAUAGGGGGAGCGACAGAUCUGGGAGACACCAUGCUCGGUGACGACCAUUCUAUGAACCCCGUCAAUAAAGACACACAGAAGGAAAAACGAGAGUCAGAAGAUGCGCAGGCAGGACAGGAGAGGCCUAUCCAGACCAACGACAAACAAGUGAGUAGCAACACGAUGGAGAAGAAAAAGGAACAUACAGAGGAGUGCAAAAAAAAUCGUAAAAGCAACGACAAAAUGGUCAAUGCAGAUAAUGUGAAUAUUUCCUCUAAGGAGGGUAGCGCUCCCAAUGAGGAUGACAUACCCGAGAAUGACCGCCGAGGUGAACACCUCACCCCGCGUAGAAAUAUAAAGGGGGAAGCCGUUAACGGCGAACGGUCGCUUAAGAGAAAGAACGGAGUUAGCGCGGAGGAGGCUAACAAGCAAAUCAUCGUGGAGGAUAAAAACCCGGUGCAGGAGAGAGAUGCGCCAGCCCCUGUAAAGAAAGGAGCAACUGGAAAGGAAAAGCAGCAGAAAAAGCAGGAAGAAGAAGGUAAUAAAAAAGAUGAAAAAGAGGAGAAGCGUGAGAAGGAUGAGAAAUGCCCAAAAGAGCCCCAAAGCGAAUCGACACCCACAUCCGCAAGGGAAGAACCCCCUAAAGAAAACGACUCGCGGGAAGGGCCGGAGUCGAAAAGGGAAAGACAACCCAAGGAACAGACAAAGCAAAAUCGCGAAGAAGGUGACAUCAAGGAGGAACGCUCGCCGAGGAAGACAGAAGAGAAGCAGCAGAUCCAGAGAAAGGAGAAUCCACACAGACCUAGAGCUGAUAGAGGGAAGAAAAAAAACCAUCCGAAUGAAUGGGAAAAUCUGAGCAAAGGAAACCCCGACAAAAAUGGCUCAGAUAGUCAUCAAAAAAGAAAUGCGAAGGGAAAAGAGUCCAACAAAUCCAAGAAAUCCAUGAGCCCAAGUCGAGAAGGACAAGCGAAAGAAGCAGACAGAUCAAGUUCACGCAAGAAGGAGCAACCUCCCGCACAGAUACAGAAGGAUGUUACUACUAAUCAGCGAUCGGCGAAAAAUGGUGAGGAAAAAAAAAAAAAAGACAAUUCUCACCCCAGUGGAAAGGGAAGCAUCCAAAAUGGAGAAACGAUGCAUCCCGAUAGAGAAAGGGAUAGUAAUAACAAGGAGGAAGGGGAGAAACUCAACAGGAGAGACAGACAAGGAGAAUCAGAAGGGGAAGGCAACAGUGAAAGGGGAAGGAGGAGGAACAGGAGAAGGGACAGAAAUAGAGGUCGUCCAAGGGAAGCAGAGUGGAAUCGUCCGAGGGAAGAAGAGUGGGAUCGUCCAAGGGAAGCAGAGUGGGAUCGUCCAAGGGAAGCAGAGUGGGUUCGUCCGAGGGAAGCGGAAAGGGAUCGUUCAAGAGAAGCGGAAAGGGAUCGUUCAAGAGAAGCGGAAAGGAAUCGAUCGAGGGAGGCGGAGUGGAAUCGUCCAAGAGAAGCGGGAAGGGAUCGUUCAAGAGAAGCUGGAAGGGAUCGACAAAAUUUAAGGGAACGGGACAGGGAGCGAGAAAGGGAAAGAGAUCGAAAUUGGGAGGCAGAGAGGGAAAGAGAAAGAGAUCGAAAUUGGGGGGGAGAGCCAGAAAAGCAAACAGGUCGACAUCGGGGGGAAGAGGGGGAAAGGAAAAGAGAUCGAAGUUGGGAGGCAGAGCGAGACAGGGAAAGAGAAUCUGAUCGAGACUGGAAUAGACAAGCCGACCGAGACUGGAACAGAGAAUCUGAGCGAGGCUGGAACAGAGACAAUCAUUUUGAAAACGGAAAGAAGAUGACGAGAAUGCCCAAGCGUAACGACGCUUCACACGUCAUUUUAGAAAAAAAACUUAAUGGAGUACACCCAAACGUAAGCAGGAAGAGGCCCUUCUCAAACGAAAACGAAGGCAAUGCCAACCACGUGCCGAAGAAAAUUCAUGACCAAAGUGACCAGCAUAUGCACACGGAGAGAGAGCGUUACGUGUACAACUCAGCCGACACGCCCUCGAGGAAGUAUUCUGUUCAGAAAAAUAAAACGAACGAUAGAGAAAACUGGGAGAAGAAAAUGUCCAAACUGAAGGAAAAGCUCAUUAGGAAAAAUAUGAACAAGUGA